AUGACAACCCACUCACCUGCAGGCUUUAGUGUACUUCCAACGAAUCCAUCCCCGGUUUCCGUUCCUGGAUCGCGCAGCCUUCGAAUCCGCCGCCGCCAACCAGGAAAAGCCCAACUCGGCGCCGAGGAGCAAGUCCUGGACCUGCCUCUACCACACGGUCCUCGCCCUGGGCUGCCAGUACGACGGCGGAGGCAGCUUCCAGCCCACCGAGGGAGAGUCCUGGAAGCUGUUCUCCAUCGCCCUCGCCAACUUCACGGACCUGAUGGUCCUGCCGGACACGGUGACGGCGUUUCAAGCGGUGACGGCGAUGUUCAUCUACUCUCUCGGCGUGGCCGGGAUCGCGCUGGAGCACAUUCUCAUGUCCGAGGCCAUACGAAGAGCCCAGAACCUGGCCGACGCCAAGUUCAUCGGUCUCGCGGCGGAUGCGUACAACAGGACCUUCUGGGUGCUGUACUCUCUGGAGAAGAUCACAACCUUUCACCAUGGAAGACCGUCAGUGAGUGUCUUCCCUCACUGCUCGAGGACGCGGGCCCUGAGGAAGGGGCCCAUUUUGUGGCAUCAAACUCGACAACUAAUUACCUCAAGAAGGGCAUCGUCGACUGUGACAUAGCAUGUCCGAUCCCCCAUACCCCCGACUCGUUCUUCUCUGGAGAUUUUGACUGGUUUCUGUGCUUCGUCACCCACGCGCGCCUGCUGUCGCGAGCAUGCACGUCUCUCUUCGCCGUCGGCGUGUCUCACUACCCUGGCGAUUACUACCUGGACACAAUCGAACAGCUGACAGUAGAGCUGGAGGACUGGAGAGUCUCACUGCCGGACAACGGUUUCAGGCCGGGCGGCCAGACAAAGGCUCACUCGAUCGUAGAUGACCAAGAGCGCACGCUGGCGCUAGCUACGCACUUCCUCUACUACAGCUUCCUCUUGACGAUGACGAGAAUGGCUCUGAGGCAUCUCCCGUCCUCCGAAGCCCAGCCCGACUGUGCGCGGCGAGAGUCCGCAAUGAAGACCGUUGAGCAUUCCGCCAGCUCGCUGCUCGAACUUGUCCCCAUCAUAGACUUGGCGCCCUACACCCCGAUAUGGAUGAUGGCCGGUAUUCCCGUCAUGGCCUUCUUCGUCCUGUUCGAACUCGUCAUCCACAACCCCCGGCAGCAACAGACAGCAGCGAACCUGGCACUGCUCGACGUCAUGAGCGCACACUGCAAUCGGAUGGAUGUCAUGUCAAACGGCGCCCUACCUGGCGAUUUCAUCGGAGAGUUCGCACACAUCGCCCGAAGCUACGUAAUCGAGGUCGACCGCCGAACCCCGACCGGCAACACGCCCCAGGCACCGUCGAACACGUUGCAGGCAUCUUCCUUCUGCCCUCAGUGGUCGCUGCCAAACGUCGACAACUACGGGUUCGCGCCGCUUCAAGUACAGCCCGGCUUCUCAGACAUGAGUCCGAUCCCGGCGUCGCAUCCGGCGGAAUCUAUGGACGCGGAUGAAAUGACGAUGGCUGCGAGUCACCCUGCCGGAACCGACGUGAUGAGCCUGUUUGGCGUUUGGAUUCCGGAACUGGAGCCCAUGUUUUAUCAAGGCGUUCUGGGCCAAUAUGAUGGAGGGUUCACAGGUGCUCAACAAGGCCUUGGUCCUACGCCGAGCCUCUCGUAUGAGUACGACAACAACUCGUAG